AUGAACUGGAUUACCAAACUGGACGCUGACUUGUUUUCUUCUCUGAAUACUCUUCGAUUGCUGUAAGUUCAAUGAACCAGGUUUAAUUAAAUUAAACUUACUUGACCUAAAUAUUUUGGAACAUAAUUUGUAUUCCUUUUUAUUUUUAGGAGUCUUCGUAAAAACAUAAUCACUAAACUUGAAGACGAAAUUUUCUCUGGGCUAGCUAAUCUACAAUAUCUGUAUGUUUGCACGCGAAGUGUAACGAGUUAUAUCGAUAGGCUAUCAUUUAAUUAACGAAAACUAAGAUUACUCUUUAUCACCCAAUCCAUGUUGAGCGGAAAAUAAUUUUUGAAAGGUUAUACAGAGCUACUAACAGCACAGUAUGAGUUGUUGAGCGAUGUGAUUUUAUUGUGUGUGAAUGUCCAUAAUUUGUAAAUUGAAGCUAUUUAUUGUUUUGAGAUAACUAAAGGAACGACGGUCAAAUUAUUUUAAUGAAUUCAUUUUAAUUGAAGAUCAUGUGUAAAUAAUGUUGUUUUUCUGUAAAUGGAAAAGCAUAGAAGUUGGGCUGGGACUAAAUGACAUCGCACAGCAGAGGACACAACUGCCUCAUGCAUUUAAAUAAUCAUCAACUUAUGCCGGAAUACCGAAGAAUAUUACUAAAGUAUAGCUGACUAUACCAAGAUAAGGACUUUCGUGUUCAAACUUUUCUCCCUGCAAAGUAAUUGAUUUUGUUUAGAUCCCGCAUUUACUUGACAAAGUACAGCAGUGCUCUGUAAAUUUAUGGUAUUUUGGAUGCACCGCUUGUUUGAGAACCUGUUUGUAUCUACUGCAGCUUACCAAAACUGUUGGAAUGAAGCAAAUGAGAGAAUAUUAAAAUAUGCUACAUAGCUUGGGAAUACCGACUGAAAUACACACGCUAUUUUUACUGUUUUCUUUUAUCGACCUAAACAUAUUAAGUUUAAAAUAAGCCAUACUGAUAAAACUUUUUGCAAACAUAUAUCGAUUAUCGACGUUUAAUUUGAAAUUGUUCGAAUAUGAGAGAAACGUACGAGCAGCGUAUAAACCAUAUGUCUGCACACGCACAAAAAAUAAAGUCUGCACCGUAUCCCACCGAGCUUGAAGCGCAUCCUAUACCUAUUUGAAUGUUAGGGUUUGUAAUCCAAGUAAGUCUAUAUACAUUUUAAGACCUGACCAGGAACGACUGCGAAAAAUGCAGCACAAGGUCCUCUGGUAGGAAUUGAACCUACGGCCCUGCGAUUCCGGUUAGCGCUCUAACCAACUGAGCGUACAGAGGCCAGCUGUUGAGGUGUAACCGAAAGUUCAUGUAUAUAUAUAGGUAAUCGGGUGAGCGGGUUGUGAUAAGUCAGCCUAGCGUAAGUCAGAGUAUAUAUAUAUACUAGCGCAUGAUUGAUAUUUUCCAUACGCUAACAUACGCUAGUACAACACGCAAUAGUGUGACAGGGCCAUAAAAGUAUGCAGUUCUAUUACAGUAUGCAGUAUAAUGAAUUGUAUAAUUGUAUAUUUUUCUUCAGAUAUCUUGAUAACAAUGAAUUGAUCGACAUUGGGAGCUCUGUGUUUGGUACUCUUUUUGGGCUUAAAGUCUUGUAAGUGGAUGUUGAUGUUGGGAGAAAUUUAAGUUAAUUUUUCAUCUUAUUUAAUGAUUUGGCUAAACUGCUCAAAGGUUCGGUGAAAGCAACCCUUUAUUGUUAUAUAUCUAAUGUGAUGCUCCGUAGGUACAAGAAACGGUGAAAUUUUUCAUGUAGAAUUUCUUCACGAGCUUACGACUGUGAAUUUAGUAAAUCAAUGCAGGAGUACUCUUAUUUAAAGGAGAAGUCCCAAGGAAGUGGUGGAAUGCGGUUAAGCGGUUAA